AUGUCACUGCAACCUCUUGGACUCAGAACAAGUAUCGCUCACUCUCCCAUCUUCCUCCAUUCCUUACCUCCCUCUCCCCCACCCACCACCACAACCAUGACCACCUCCGAAAAGAUCCUCCAACCCACCGACUUUGUCGGCUGGAUGGGCCUCGACAACAAAAGCUCCCAAGGCACCAUGGUCUGGCAACAAUUCCCCGACCCCAAGCCCUUCGAAGAAACCGACAUCGACAUUGAAAUCUCCCACUGCGGAAUCUGCGGUAGCGACAUCCACACGCUGCGAUCGGGCUGGGGGCCUACGCCGUAUCCGGUCUGUGUGGGUCAUGAGAUUGUGGGUAAGGCGGUGCGGGUUGGGAGCAAGGCGGAGAAGGGGAUUAAGGUUGGGGAUAGGGUGGGGGUUGGGGCGCAGAAUGGGGGGUGUUUGAGGGGGGAUUGUGAGGAGUGUAGUGAGGGGUUGGAGCAGUAUUGUGGGAGGAGUGUUAGUACUUUUGCGGAUAAGUAUCCGAAUGGAGGCACUUCGUAUGGUGGUUAUGCGAAUUACCAUAGAGCGCCUUCGCAUUUCGUGUUUAAGAUUCCGGAUGCGAUACCGUCGGCUGAGGCGGCGCCUAUGCUGUGUGGUGGUAUCACGGUCUAUUCGCCUCUGGUAGACAAUGGGUGCGGUCCUGGUAAAAGAGUUGGAAUCAUAGGCGUGGGCGGUCUGGGCCACUUCGGACUCCUCUUCGCUCGCGCUCUCGGUGCUGACAAGGUCGUCGGCAUCUCCCGCAAAAACAACAAACGCAACGAUGUUCUAGCGAUGGGUGCAGAUGCUUACAUCGCCACCGAAGACGACAAGAACUGGCACAAAACCCACGCCCGCUCCCUCGACUUGAUAAUCUGCACCGUCUCCUCCCCCAAAAUGCCUCUCUCCCGAUACCUCCAGCUCCUCCGCACAAAGGGCACUUUUAUUCAAGUCGGCGCACCAGAGGAUAAGUUGCCGGACAUGAGCGCUUUUCAUUUCAUAGGGAAAGGUGUGAAGUUUGGAGGAAGCAUGAUUGGGAGUCCGAGGCAAAUUGAGGAGAUGUUGGAGCUGGUGGCGAGGAAGGGGAUCAAGCCGUGGAUCUCGCAUUAUGAUAUGAAGGAUGCGAAUAAGGCGGUGGUGGAUUUUGAGGAGGGGAAGGCGAGGUAUAGGAUUACCUUGGAGAAUCGGAGGGAUAGGUGA